CCCUGAGCUUGGUUCAAUGAGCAGCUGUCUGGAUAAUCGAAGACGGCCGGAUGUCGGUAGGAGCUGCGACUACACUCCGUCUGGGGUGCUGCCAUGGAUGUCACUGAGAGGGCACAUCAGCUAGGGGCCGAGAGCCGUAGGCCUGGGCUGACCAUGACACAGAGAUGGUAUAUCUUGUACACUCACCCUUGAUGUUCAGUUCAUGUUGGCCCUUCUUUAUUUUAAAGCCUUUACCAACCUUCCGGAAUCACCAGCUGAGCGACCUGUGUUAAGGGUCCGGAGCAGCAACACACAAUGCGUCUCUCAACAGCAGUCACUGUCUUGGGUGCCGCCCUCAUCAGCGACUUUGCAGCCGCCGUUCCCGUCCAGGACAGCCCAAGACAACGACUCCUGGAUGGCAAGCCGCUGCCGGCCAAGUACCGCAAGGACCCACCGGAUCCUUAUAGACCCGGCUAUCGAGACCCCAAUGACGGCGCGGUAGACUCCAUCGGCAGGAAACUGGACCCCUUGCCAUACCGCAACGGUGACGGCACCUCGGUCUUGGGCCCCUGGAACAGGGAGCGAGCUCGCCAGAACCCAGACCUCGUGCGGCCGCCGUCGACAGACCACGGUAACAUGCCGAAUCUCCGAUGGAGUUUCGUCGACUCCCAUGUCAGAAUCGAGGAGGGAGGUUGGACGCGGCAGACCACCGUCCGCGAGCUCCCCGCCAGCAUCGAGCUCGCUGGUGUCAACAUGCGCCUGGACGAGGGCGUCAUCCGCGAGCUGCACUGGCACAAGGAAGCCGAAUGGGCCUACGUGCUGGACGGCCGCGUGCGCGUGACGGCCCUGGACUACGAAGGCGGCACCUUCAUCGACGACCUCUCCAAAGGCGACCUCUGGUACUUCCCAGCCGGCGUCCCCCACUCCCUCCAAGGCCUGAGCCCCAACGGGACCGAAUUUCUCCUCAUCUUCGACGACGGCCACUUCUCGGAAGAAUCCACCUUUAUCCUGACUGACUGGCUCGCCCACACCCCGAAAUCCGUGAUCUCCAAGAACUUCCACCUCCCGCCCGAGAUCUUCGCUCACAUCCCCCCCUCUGAACGAUACAUCUUCCAGGGUUCCCAACCGGGCUCCAUCUCGGACGAAUUCCCCAAAGGCAAGCACGUCAAAACCUCCAAGUACAACUUCACCCACCGCAUGCUUUCCCAGCCGCCCAAGAACACGACUGGCGGCCAGGUGCGCAUCACCGACUCCAGAAACUUCCCCAUCUCCAAGACGGUCGCCGCCGCCCACCUGACCAUCGCCCCGGGCGCCCUCCGCGAGAUGCACUGGCACCCCAACGCAGACGAAUGGUCCUUCUUCAUCCGCGGCCGGGCCCGCGUGACCGUUUUCGGCGCCGAAGGAUCCGCGCGCACAUUCGAUUACCAGCCGGGUGACGUCGGGAUCGUGCCCAAGAACAUGGGGCAUUUCGUCGAGAACAUUGGCGAUGACGAGGUGGAGAUGCUCGAGAUCUUUCGGGCCGACGAGUUUCGCGAUUUCUCGCUGUUCCAGUGGCUUGGGGAGACCCCGAGGCGGAUGGUGGCGGAUACGCUGUUCAAGGGGGAUAAAGAGGCUGGGGAGCGGUUUUUGAAGGAGAUUGGGGAUGCGGGGAAGGAUGAGAUUACGCUGCCGCCGAAGGGGGGUUAUGAUGAGGCGGAGGGUGGGGAGGACGAGUUGUAG